AGGUUCUGUGUGCUCUCCCGGGGUAUUGUGUCAGGAGAUGCAGGCUGGCUACCAUGUGACGCGGUCCAGAGCUGAAGGGAUUGGCCGAGGCAGCGCAGGCGGUGCAGCUCGGCCGGCUUGCUGUUCCUCUCCCUUUCUCUCGCAGCAUCUUCCUGGGAGCCUGUAGGUGAAGCAGCACCAGCAGCAUCCAUGGCCUAUCUUUGGGGUUAACAUUUGUCUCAUUUGGCUUCAGCAGUGGACGGAGCAGACCUCUCGGCAGCAGCGUCGUGAGGACUUAGCUGGGACCUGGAAUCGUAUCCUCCUGUGUUUUUCAGACUCCUUGGAAAUUAAGGAAUGCAAUUCUGCCACCAUGAUGGAAGGAUUGAAAAAACGUACAAGGAAGGCCUUUGGAAUACGGAAGAAAGAAAAGGACACUGAUUCGACAGGUUCACCAGAUAGAGAUGGAAUUCAGGGGAAAAAAAAGACCCAGAAGACUCAGCUUCUCCUCACCUCUUGCUUCUGGCUCAGAGCCCUCUCGUUAACUCUGUCUCAGCAGCCCAGCCCACAUGAACCACCCUACAAUAACAAAGCAGAGUGUGCGCGUGAAGGAGGAAAAAAAGUUUCGAAGAAAAGUAACGGGGCACCAAAUGGAUUUUAUGCAGAAAUUGAUUGGGAAAGAUACAACUCCCCUGAGCUGGAUGAAGAAGGCUAUAGCAUCAGACCCGAGGAACCCGGCUCUACCAAAGGAAAGCACUUUUAUUCUUCGAGUGAAUCGGAAGAGGAAGAAGAAUCACACAAGAAAUUUAAUAUCAAGAUUAAGCCAUUACAAUCUAAAGACAUUCUUAAGAGUGCUGUGACCGUGGAUGAGCUGAAGGCAUCGAUAGGCAACAUUGCACUUUCCCCAUCACCAGUGGGUGCAAUUAAAAGGAACUUAUCCAGUGAAGAAGUGGCAAGACCCAGGCGUUCCACACCAACUCCAGAACUUACGAGCAAAAAGCCUCCAGAUGACACUACGGCCCUUGCUCCCCUCUUUGGUCCUCCAUUAGAAUCAGCUUUUGAUGAACAGAAGACAGAAGUUCUUUUAGAUCAGCCUGAGAUAUGGGGUUCAGGCCAACCAAUUAAUCCAAGCAUCGAGUCGCCAAAGUUAACAAGGCCUUUUCCCACUGGAACACCUCCACCACUGCCUCCCAAAAAUGUACCGGCCACCCCGCCCCGAACAGGUUCCCCGCUAACAGUUGCACCAGGAAAUGACCAGUCAGCCACAGAGGUCAAAAUUGAAAAACUACCAUCAAUCAAUGACUUGGACAGCAUUUUUGGCCCAGUGUUGUCCCCCAAGUCUGUUGCUGUUAAUGCUGAAGAAAAGUGGGUCCAUUUUUCUGAUACGUCCCCGGAACAUGUUACUCCAGAGUUGACUCCAAGGGAAAAGGUGGUGUCCCCACCAGCUGCAUCAGACAACCCAUCUGACUCCCCAGCUCCAGGCCCCCCGGGCCCUCCGGGCCCCCCGGGCCCCUCAGGACCCCCUGGUCCUCCUCGCAAUGUACCAUCGCCGCUCAAUUUAGAAGAAGUCCAGAAGAAAAUCGCUGAGCAGACCUUCAUUAAAGAUGAUUACUUAGAAACAAUCUCAUCUCCCAAAGAUUUUGGGUUGGGACAGAGAGCAACCCCACCUCCCCCACCACCACCCACCUACAGGACUGUGGUUUCAUCCCCUGGACCUGGCUCGGGCAGUGGUACGGGGACCACCAGUGGUGCAUCAUCCCCUGCUCGACCAGCCACUCCCUUGGUUCCUUGCAGUAGCACCACCCCUCCACCGCCUCCUCCCCGGCCUCCAUCUCGGCCAAAGCUACCUCCAGGAAAACCUGGAGUUGGAGAUGUGCCCAGACCUUUUAGCCCUCCCAUACAUUCUUCCAGUCCUCCUCCGAUAGCACCCCUUGCCCGAGCUGAAAGUACUUCUUCAAUAUCGUCCACCAAUUCCCUGAGUGCAGCCACCACUCCCACAGUUGAGAAUGAACAGCCUUCCCUCGUUUGGUUUGACAGAGGAAAGUUUUAUUUGACUUUUGAAGGUUCUUCCAGGGGACCCAGCCCCCUGACCAUGGGAGCCCAGGACACCCUCCCUGUUGCAGCAGCAUUUACAGAAACAGUCAAUGCCUACUUCAAAGGAGCAGAUCCAAGCAAAUGUAUCGUGAAGAUUACUGGAGAGAUGGUGUUGUCUUUUCCUGCCGGCAUCACCAGACAUUUUGCCAACAAUCCAUCGCCAGCUGCUCUGACUUUUCGGGUGAUAAAUUUCAGCAGGUUAGAACACGUCCUGCCAAAUCCCCAACUUCUCUGCUGCGAUAACACUCAAAAUGAUGCCAAUACCAAGGAAUUCUGGGUAAACAUGCCAAAUUUGAUGACUCACUUAAAGAAAGUGUCGGAACAAAAACCCCAGGCUACGUAUUACAACGUGGACAUGCUCAAGUAUCAGGUGUCUGCCCAGGGCAUUCAGUCCACACCCCUGAACCUGGCAGUGAACUGGCGGUGUGAGCCAGCAAGCACUGACCUGCGCAUAGAUUACAAAUACAAUACGGAUGCAAUGACAACUGCGGUGGCCCUCAACAACGUGCAGUUCCUGGUCCCCAUAGAUGGAGGGGUAACCAAGCUCCAGGCCGUUCUCCCACCAGCAGUCUGGAAUGCUGAACAACAGAGAAUAUUGUGGAAGAUUCCUGAUAUUUCUCAGAAGUCAGAAAAUGGAGGGGUGGGUUCUUUAUUGGCAAGAUUUCAGUUAUCUGAAGGCCCAAGCAAACCUUCCCCAUUGGUUGUGCAGUUUACAAGUGAAGGAAGCACCCUUUCUGGUUGUGACAUUGAACUUGUUGGAGCAGGGUAUCGGUUUUCACUUAUCAAGAAAAGAUUUGCUGCAGGAAAAUACUUGGCAGAUAACUAAUAAAAUCAUAUGCAAGGA